AUGUUCGAGGAAAAGCUCAUCGUCGGCGUGGCUUCGGCCUGCUCCACACUGGCCAUCGUUGCCUGCCUCAUUGUGGUCCCAUCGCUCUACAACACCAUCAACGAGAUCCACGAUGAAGUCCUCGACGGCGUCUCCGUGUUCCGCGUCGAGACCGACUCCGCUUGGAGCCAGAUGAUGAACUUCCAAGUAGCCGUUGCUCCUCCAAGCAAGCCACGUGAGAAUCCCUUCGGCUCCAUCUUCCGUAACAAGAGACAGGCCCUGCCAUCUUACUGCCAGUGCACGCCUCCAACAGUCAACUGCCCACCUGGACCAGCUGGACCUCCCGGACAGCCCGGAGCACCUGGACAACCUGGAUCACCUGGUCAGCCUGGAGAGGACGCCACUACCACCUACGCUCCCAUCAACUGCCCCCCUCCAGACACCGGUUGUGUCACUUGCCCACCUGGACCACCUGGACCCCCCGGACCAGAUGGAAACCCUGGAGGCCCAGGACCCAACGGAAACCCAGGACAAGCUGGAUCACCUGGACAAGAUGGACAGCCAGGACCCUCCGGACCUCCCGGAGACGCCGGAUCACCAGGAAACCCAGGAGGAGAUGGACAACCUGGACAGCCCGGACAGGACGGCACCACCUCAACCAACACCCCCGGAGGACCUGGACCUGCUGGACCAGCUGGAGCCCCAGGAAAUGCUGGAGGACCCGGACAGCCAGGAAACGCAGGAAACCCAGGAGCCCCUGGACCAGCUGGACAGCCCGGAGCUCCUGGACAGCCAGGACCCAACGGUACUCCUGGAAACCCAGGAGGCACAGCACCUCCCGGCGGCGACGCAGCUUACUGCCCAUGCCCACCUCGCUCAGCUGCAUUCGUGUCUCGUCGCGUUGCCAAGCACUAA